AUGCGUCAAAAGAGAGCCAAGUCGUAUAGAAAGCAGAUGUUGGUUUACAACCACACUUUCAAGUUUAGACAACCCUAUCAAGUCUUGGUAGACGAUCAACUAGUUCUGGAGACUUUCAACUCAUCUUUUGAUUUUGUGAAGGGAUUGCAAAGGACUUUGCAAGCUGAGGUAAAGCCUAUGAUUACUCAAUGUUGUAUGCAGUCAUUAUACCAAACGAAUAAUCAAGGAGCCAUCGAUGCAGGAAAACAGUUUGAAAGACGUCGUUGCAACCAUGAUCCAAAGGAGCCAAAGAGCGUACUAGAAUGUCUCACGAGUGUUGUGGAUGUGAAUGGGAAGAAUAAGCACAGAUAUGUGGUAGCGACACAGGAUGUUGAAAUUAGAAGAAGGCUAAGGAAGAUUCCUGGUGUUCCCUUGGUAUACAUGAACAGAUCAGUGAUGGUGAUGGAGCCGUUAAGUAAUGCCAGUGAGAAAGUGAGUCGAGAAGUGGAGGAACAGAAACUAUACAAGGGUUUGAAUGACCCCAAGUUUGCGGGUAUUGCGCGUGACGAAAAUGAUGAGGCAGGUGCCGAGAAUCAGGAGAAUAAACCGAAAAAAAGAAAGGGGCCUAAGGAACCUAAUCCACUAAGUAUGAAGAAGAAGAAAACGACUGAGUCAACUGGUUCAAUUUCUUCACUGUCUGCUUCGUCUAACAACAUAUCUACCCCUACCGAAGCGGGCGAUGUUUCCGGCACUUCUAAGAACAAAAGAAGAAGAAAACAUAAGAAAUCUAACGAUAAACCUAAUGAUUCGGCUGAUUCAAUACAAUAA